UUCACUUUCGAAUUUAAGUUAUCUCUCCUACGUUUCAAGUUUUAGUAGUCAUUUGAAUUUAUAUCAUACUUUUUCAAUUUCCAAUUGAUAAACUGGAGAAAAAAAAGUAUCAUGCAGUUAAUGAUUUUGAUAACAGUAUUUUGGUGUAUCAUAUCCUCUCUGCAUAUUUCAAGAACAAGUGCUCAAGAUUGUCCAGCUGACAAAGAUAAGUCAUGGUCUUAUAAUCCUAACUUUUCAAAUGGACCUUCCCAUUGGAGUGAACUGUACCCUAAUUGCAAAGGCAAGAGCCAAUCACCAAUCAGUAUAGUUACAGAGCAUGUUUCAAAUCGAAAAGAUCAUCUGAAAUGGGAGCUUAAUGGCUACCAGAUUCCUCUCUACAAUAUGAAGAUUGAAAAUAAUGGACAUGCAAGUAAGAUUAUUAUCGAAAAGACACAAUAAGCAAC